UUCCAUUUUUUGAUCCAUUUUAAUACUCAACCAAGUUGUUUACUUCGUUCACGUAACAAAAACAUAUAGAAUAUUAAUACUUUACUCAUUUAUAUAUUAGUUGGUUUCUUGAAUUUUUCCAAAUUUGUCCAUGGAGGAUAUUGAAGUUCCUCAGUACUUCAUCUGUCCUAUUUCUCUACAAAUCAUGAAAGACCCUGUCACUGCCAUAACCGGCAUCACCUAUGAUCGAGAGAGCAUCGAACAAUGGCUAUUCAAACACGCCGCCACCACCUCCACCUCUACAGCCACUUGUCCAGUGACCAACCUGCCCUUGCCAAGAGACUCUGACCUAACACCAAACCAUACGCUCCGCCGUUUGAUUCAAGCAUGGUGCACCCAAAAUGCAUCGAAGGGUAUCGAUCGAAUCCCAACCCCGAAACCUUCUCUCGACAAAACCCAUGUCCUCAACCUCAUUAGAGACCUUUGGCUUCCCGAAUUGCAGUUAAAAACCCUAAGAAAACUCGAAGUCAUCGCUAUUGGGCACGAAAGGAACCGGAGGUACAUGGUAGAAGCCGGUGUGGUUAAGGCCGUGGCAUCAUUUAUCGUAACAUGUUACAAAAGAGGCGAAACUACGGGGAUCGAAGAAGCUGUGAGCAUUUUGUUCCAUAUUCAAAGUCCAUCAUCAGCUGAAUCAAAGCUAAUACUCAUCGAAAAUGAUCAAAUCAUCGAGGCGUUAACAUGGGUUUUAGGUCAAAAUAUUCAUAAUUAUGUGACGGUGAAGGGUAAUGCUCUACAAGUACUGAAAACAAUCAUCGGAAAAGCGAGUUCCAACAUACUAGAGAGGCUAAAACGCCGGUUUUUUAAAACGAUUGUGAGUGUUUUGAGAGAAGGAGUUGCUAUCAAUGCAGCCCUAAAUGUCAUGCUAAACACGUGUCCAUGGGGGAUAAACCGGAUUAUGAUGGUGGAAGCCGGGGCGGUUUUCGAGCUCAUCGAGCUGGAAUUAGGGUCACCGGAGAAGAGGACGACGGAGCUGAUUUUGGGGACAUUAUUCCACCUGUGUUCUUGUGCGGACGGGAGGGCUCAGCUGCUGAGUCACGCUGCCGGCAUUGCCGCGAUCACAGAGACACUAUUGAAGGUGUCGCCGGUGGCGGAUGAUCGGGCGGUGUUGAUUCUUUCGAUGAUUUGUAAGUUUUCUGGGACACCUUUGGUGAUUCAAGAGAUGCUGAAAGUUGGGACUGUUUCAAAGCUUUGCUUGCUUCUUCAAGUUGAUUGUCCAACUUAUUUGAAAGACAAAACAAAGGAAAUGCUUAGAGCUCACUCUCAUGUAUGGAAGAACUCCCCUUGCAUUGAAAAUUCUACUCUUCUAAGCAGGUACCAUAGGUAAUAUAUAUAUAUAUAUAUCAGGUUUUAAAUAUCAUAAGCAAAUUUUGAAUGCUAAUAUUGGCUUAUAUAUAAUCAUAUCAUUGAUAACGUAUAAUUUAAUUAGAACUUUAUGUUAAUUUUGUAACCCAAGUAAUUAUACAUGUGAUAAUUGUACAAUCCAUAAUAUUAAUUUGUUGAUCUA